GGCGGAGCUGUGUGUGCGGAAGCCGCCUCAGAAGUGGGAGCCGAGUCUUAGCCGAGCUUAUGGCUUCGGUACGCGGCCUGUUGCUUGUGCUGCUGCCCCUGGUCUCCGCGGGGCUGAGCCAGCCUCAGGACUCGGAGCUGACCUUCCUGCUGCCGGCCGGGAGGCAGGAGUGCUUCUACCAGACGGCGCUGUACAAUGGCAGCAUGGAGGUGGAGUACCAGGUGAUUGGAGGAGCUGGACUGGAUGUGGAUUUCUCGGUCACCACCCCAUCCGGGAUCCUUCUGAUUGUGGAGAGGAGGAGAUCCGAUGGUGUCCACACGGUGGAGCCCACAGAGGCCGGAGACUACAUGAUCUGCUUCGAUAACUCCUUCAGCACCAUCUCGGAGAAGCUGGUGUUCUUCGAGCUGAUCUUUGACGGGCAGCAGGUGGAGGACGAGCCGGACAGCUGGGCCGAUAUAGUGGAGCCGGAUGAGCUUCUGGAUAUAAAGAUAGAAGACAUUAAGGAAUCCAUAGAGAGUAUGAAGUCCAGGCUGGAGAGGAGUAUGCAAAUGCAGACUGUCCUCAGAGCCUUUGAAGCAAGAGACCGCAACCUACAAGAGAGCAACCUGGGCCGGGUGAAUUUCUGGUCAGCCGUCAACCUUGGGGUGCUGGUCGUGGUGGCCUUCCUUCAGGUUUACAUGUUAAAGAGCCUCUUUGAUGAUAAGCGUAAGAUUCGGACGUAGUACGAGGAGAUUCUCUACCUUCAGCCCAGUCACUUAAGAUCUUAUAGAGUCUUCCACCAAGGACAACUUACCGGCAAAUAUUCAGACCCACACAACGGCAACUCUACAAAUUUACAAAAAAAAAUAGUCCUAAAAAGCAUAAGGACAUCCAGGAUGGCAGUAAUGGCCUUGAGUGGUGCAGUAGAAUCUUAGCCUGGAAUCUCUCCUUUACAAAGUCUUCUUAUUUCAUCACUGUGAUAACUUCAACCAGAGAUUCUUCAAACGAACCUUACAAGAUGAACCACACAACCAAAAAGUAGCUUCAGGAGGACCAUUGACCAGAAGAUGUCCCCAACCCCACCUUCCCCAUAGUGUAGGGAUGAGCCGUUGCUUUGUAGUCAUCUGAUCUGGUAGAUACAUCUCUCCUCAUCAAGUCAGACAUAACUUGAUCCAUAACAAUGAGAUAUCUGGAUUGACACCCUAUUUCAGCCUUUUAGUAGUCAUCCCCCUAUAUUUAAUGCAUACGGGUACCACUCUAAGAUCCCUGCAAACAGGUCAGGAUUGUCUUUCUAUUCACAGUAUGUGAUUUUUAUGGCAGCUGUGAAUAAGGUAGCUCUUUCUUCCCCUCUCCUAGCAGGAAGUCCCAGCACCAUCUCAAACCACCAAAGGCUGUAUCUGGCUAAACCCUUGUUUUUUUUUUUUUUAAACCUCUGCAUUGGCCAUGUCCGCCCUGAAGAGUCUACUGCGUGCCGACGUUUUUACAUACAGCGAUGCUGUGGUCUUAAUUGACGGGGGUUGGGGCUUCUAAAAACCUAUGCAAAAAAAUAAAAAUAAUCAUCUCUGCACUCUACAGUGAAUGGUAUUGGCUUGCUGUCCUGAAAUUAAGCACAGGCCUUUAUAUAAUUGGACAUUGGCAUGAUGUGAAGAGUGGGCAGUGGGAAAGUUACAGACCCAAAGCAGCACAAAGUGUUUCAGGAGAGUCCCUGGUACAGAAUAAGGUACAGUAAAGAGCUAAAAAGAAAAUCGGCAAUAAUAAAACAAGGCUUCGCGUUCCUGCUCACCAUAUCUGCAGAUCUCAAUGUAGUCAACUGUACCGCCCCAGCCGCCACCUUCAGUCCUCAGGAUGUGAAAUUGCUCCCCCGGUGGGGAUUCUAGCAGUACUGCAGAUAAAUCUCACUGCAUGCACCCCGGGUGUGAGUACAGGACUGCCGCAGCCAUGAGAGUGAUCUUUUUAUAAAAACUGUGACAUUCUCAACUUAAUACAUUUUGUUUUAUGCAACCUUUUAUUUUAUGCUCCUAUCGUCAGUGUAAUUUGUCUUUAAUGGAUUUUUUUGGGGGGGGGGGGGGGGGAGGGGCAACUUUUUACUGGUUGGUUAUCUCCCUUUUUAUAUUACCAUAAACCACAUUGCUGCUAUGAAGAAAUUUUUUGUAUUUUUAUAGUGAUUCCUCAGUGCCUCGACCCCCAGUUAUUUUUGGAAUGUGGGUUUUGAUAAGCAAUGGAACUUAUUGUGUUAUGUGAAGAGAAGACACGAGCCGCGGGAAAUGCUACAGAUUUAGUAUUCAUUAUAUUUGUUUUUGUGUGUAUAUCUGGCCAGAGUAACAGGAAUUAAAAGAAAAUUACCAAAA